CGCCGCCGCCUCCCCGCCGCGCCCGCCCUUAAAAGCGGCGGCGGCUCCGGUGCAGCGCCCGCGGCGGCGCUCCCGGCACGGCCCGGGAUGGGCUCCGCGCACUCCGUGCCCGCCGAGAUGCGGGAGCUGGCGGACAGGACGGGCUUCACCUCUGAACAGAUCGAGCACCUGCACCGGCGCUUCAAGCAGCUGAGCCAGGACCAGCUGACGAUCCGCAAGGAGAACUUUGACAGCAUUCCCGACCUGGAGUUCAACCCCAUCAGGGGGAAAAUCGUCCACGCUUUUUUUGACAAGCGGAACCUGCGGCAGGAGUCGGACGGGCUGGCGGACGAGAUCAACUUCGAGGACUUCCUGACCAUCAUGUCCUACUUCAGACCCAUCGAGAUGAACAUGGACGAGGAGCAGCUCGACCGCUUCCGCAAGGAGAAACUGAAAUUCCUGUUCCACAUGUACGACUCGGACCACGAUGGGAAGAUCACGCUGCAGGAGUACAGAAAUGUGGUGGAGGAGCUGCUGUCAGGGAACCCCCACCUGGAGAAGGAGUCGGCUCGAUCCAUCGCCGACGGGGCCAUGAUGGAGGCAGCCAGCAUCUGUGUGGGACAAAUGGGCCCGGACCAGGUGUACGAGGGCAUCACCUUCGAGGAUUUCCUUAAGAUGUGGCAGGGCAUCGACAUCGAGACCAAGAUGCACGUCCGCUUCCUCAACGUGGACACCAUCGCUCACUGCUACUGAGGAGGGGCGGCAGCAGCAGCAGGAGGAGGAGGAGGAGGAAGAGGAGGAGGAAGAGGACCCAGCAGCAGCUCCACGUCCUGUGUCCUGUGACCCAGCUCCCAGCUCCAUGGCUCGUGUGCCUGUUCCAUGCUGGGGCUGCCCUCUAGAAACAUCAGAGGCUUUUAUCUGUAAUAAAAGAUAUUUCUCUUUUUA